CUUGGCUUUAAUACUGAAUGAUUACAAUCAAUAAAAUAAAACGAAGAUUUUCUCUCGAUGCGUGCGGCACAAUGGACUGCGGGAGAAUGUCAUCAAUACAUGUAUAAUGUGAUGACAUGCAGUUUCAAAGGUUAAGUUACUGUAAUUUGAAGGCACAUGAUUGUUGUCAAUAUCAAACGUCACCAAAUCUGUAACAAGUGUCUGCCUUAAUUUUCCGUGAAAAUGGCCUGGUUAUCAGGCCUCGCUGACAAGGCAGAGAAUUUGCUAAAUAAAAUAGAUAAAAAUACCGCAGCAGUUUUAAAUAAAGAUAAAUAUGAAGUAGCACAACCUCAAUUAACAGAAGUUACAUGGAUUCCUCCUGAAACAGGUUUUAACGCUCAAGAAGGAACAACUUUGAUGUCUGAUUCAGAAUCACCAAAACAAUUUCCCUACAUUCGUUCACUACCGAAUCUGCCCUCAUUGACAACAAAUUCUAUUACAUCUAAAGACGAAGAACUUCUUACAUUUUUAAAUACACCUGACUCAAGCCCAAAGAAAAGUAGAGCAGAAAUCUCAAUGUCACCGUCAACAUCUUCGUCGCUUAUGACUAUAGAUUCUGUAUCUGAAUUGUCGAUUCACAGUGGUCGUUCAAGUCCCAGUCUCAUGCAUACGUCUGUAGAUGUUCCUGACGAUUUGAAUCAAAAUGAAAAUCCUUACAAGAAUGAAGUAACACAUACAUUAAACAAUGAAAUAAUAAGUGGUGAAACUUCAGGAAUAACAUUAGAUAAUGAACAAAGCGUUGCUGAAAAACCACUUGACACAGCACAACAACUAUACGAAUACGAAGAAAAACAAGAAAUUAUGGACGUGAACAAAUUCAUAAAUUCAUCUCACAACAAAAAUGUCAGAAAGUACUUAAAAGAAAUAGAAAGAAAUUUGGAGGAAAGGAAUGAAUUACUUGGAAAACAAGAGACAGAUCACCAAAAAGAAAUCAUUGUAUUAAAUGAGAAAUUACAAUCUUUAUAUACAGAAAAAGUGCAAUUAUCCAAACAAGUAAUAGAAUUACAGUCUGCUUUAGAAAGGAGUAGAUCAGAAUUAAAUUCUACUAGAUCUGAUUUAGAACAACACAAAGCUAGAGCUCUAAAAACGUUACAAGAAAAAGAAAAAUUAAUAACAGAGUUAAGAAGCAACGAAUCUACAGGAAUGGAUGAUACAACAAUUAUGGAACUGAAUCAAUUGAGGCAAGAACGUGAUACGCUCAGAGAAGAAAAUCAACAGAUUUCCGAGCAAUUGAGAAUUGUGCGCGAAGAAUUAAUGAAUGCUGAUGUGAAUUUAGAAAAAAUGAGACAAAAGUCUACUGAAGCAAAUAUACAAACUCAGGAAAUUGUUACGACAGAAAGGCGAAAAAGAUUAGAUGCGGAAGAAGAUGCAAAAUUGCAUUCAGAAGAAAUAAGAUCGCUGAAAGAUGAGCUAAUUCGUCAACGUAAUAGUUACACUAAACAAUUGCAAAAGAACGAAUCUGAAAUUGCUAAAUUUAGGAUGCAAUUAUCUGCGAUAGCAACACCGAAUAGCGAAAUAGAGUCGAGAUUGGCAACUCUCACACAAACAUUGGUUUCGAAACAGCAAGCUUUGGAAAAUUUAACAACUGAAAGAAAUGCUUUAAGACUACAGCUAGAAAAGAUUGAACAUGAAUUUAGAAACAGUCGACGUAAUGUUUCAUAUAAUAUAAAUGAUACAGACGAUGCAAAGGCUCAAGUUCCGACAUUUUUAAUGGAAACUCCAUUUGAUACUGGGGUUACUAGAAGAGUAAAAAGAGCAUAUUCUUUGUUAGAUGCAAUUAGUAUCCGUACAGGGGUAUUUUUAAGAAGAUAUCCGCUUGCAAGGAUUUUAGUAUUGUUUUACAUGGCGUUACUUCAAUUUUGGGUAUUUGUAGUUCUUCUAUCACAAUCACCAGAAGCACAUUAAUAUUUGAUAUUUGCAAUAUAAGAGAGCAUAAUUUUAUUAAAUCAUGCGUUAGGUAUGGAUAGAAGAUUAAUGUAAAUAUAGUAUUGAGAUGGUAUGCAUAGAGUAUUGUUAUGUGAUUGAUAAUUAUGUUUACGAAUCUUUAAUACUCGCUUCAAACUGCUAUUAGGUGUAUUAUACAAUAUUAGAAAGUUAUUAGAUACAUAAGCUAAUACAUUUGAACGAUAUAGAUUUACAAUAAAUACCAUUUGCGAGGUGUUUCAUUUCAACUUAUUUAGUAUAUCUCUUUGUAUGAAAUUAUUAUUAAUA